AUGGUCUCCUCUGGACCUCCGCCGCCAAGUGCGACAAGCCUUGGGAAACGAAAGUGGCAGCCAUCUUUAUCGAGUGAUGCGGUAAUUGCUCGAGGAGAAUCAUCCUUCCCAUGGGAAGAUUCUCCUUCUAGAACUCGCCGCUUGGACAAUGACGCUACGAGUAAGAAGCCCAAGCUUCUGGGUGUGGCUCGCGAGGACCCUGGCUCCUCGCUGUCGGGGGACAUUGUCAUGCAUGAUCAUCUCUCUCUCCCAGAUCUGCCUCAUGAGAUUUUGCAACACGUCUUUUCUUUUGUUGAUCCUAUUUCACUCGGGCGAUUGAUGUGUGUCAACCGCCCUUUUCGUAUACUUCUUGAUCCCGCCAUGCCUUUGCCUCAGCCUUCAGGACAGGUGAAAAGCUUGAGUAUGCGCCGUCAGGACCAAGUCUGGGCCACAUCUCGCAAAAACUUUCUUCCUGGCUUUCCCAAACCUAUGGAAGGGGCAACUGAGCUGGACAUGUGGAAACUCAUUCGUGGCCAUGCGUGCCAAUUCUGCGGGAUGAGGCCACUCAUCGCUCCGCCUACACCAGGAUCAUCGCCAUGGAACGCUGGCCCGGCCUCUAAUGGUGUUCGCCCCAUCUGGCCCUUCCGCAUUCGCUCGUGCGGUAGCUGUCUAGAACAGAAAAUUAUCAAGGAAUCGGAGCUCCUGCUCUCGAGCUCGAAUGCAUCCAUAUUACGUCCCGGGUUACCUUUUGCAAUUUUUUCUUCAUCAAUGGACUACAUCCCAUCCACUGUCCUGCAACAAAUGGACCCGCCUCCACAACUGAAAGUAACAAAGUACUAUUAUAUACCUCAACUAGAUGAAAUGCAACUGAGAAUGAAAGAAGUCCAAGGAUUUGGACCCGCCGCGACAGAAGGAUGGUACAAAGGGCUCGAGGAGAUGGGACAGCUACUUAACGCUGACGCGGCUCGAUUAGACCAGUGGGAGCUGCAAGGUGGUUUCGCAAAACUCUCCCACUUGAAAGCUAUCGGGCCCAGUAAUGCCAGCUCUUCUCAUCGAGUGUUUGUAGCUACUCAGCCAAACCCUAUAACCCCGCCCGACAUAGCAGACCAUCUGAAGCAGCUUUCCGCUACUGCUGGACCAUCGGUAUUGCAUUCUUUUACCGUUGAACCUCGAGGUAAGCUGGUCGCUAUUGAAGUCGUUUCGGAUCGGAAUUCAGGAGGAGCGCGGGCCGCGUCACAGCGUGAUCUGCCUGGCGUGGUGAAAGCGCCUCGUCCUCUGAAUCGCAAUAAGUCAGGCCGCACUCCGGAAGAGGUUGAACGAACCAAACUUGAAAGGCGGAAAGAGAUUGAGCGACGAUGUCAACAACUGCUCCCUCCAAUCAUGCCAGCAACCCUAGAAUUUAUGGAUGCAUUCCAGGCUGCACUGCAAAUUUCUCUCCCAAUGGAUGAUAAUCAAUGGGAAGUUCUCAAGCCUCGCCUUCUGGCACAAAGAAUGGAAGCAUUGCGGAAGCAGGAUACCCAGGAACGCCUUUCCCGAGAUCCAGCCGCGCAGCUUGAGGAACGCCAACUAAUUGAGCAGGAAUCACGAGUUGCACAAGACAAUGUGGACCACAUGUGGUCUGUGCUAAAAAUCCCAUGCCGAGACAAGAUUAGCCAAUACGCCCGUAAAUUCAUCCAGAUCACAUGGUCAGAUGGAAAUGGUGUCACCAAAGGGACCAGCAGCAAAUUUGCUGCAGAAGUGCUGUGCCAUGUCAGACAACAAUUUGAGGAUGGUAUUGACCAGGAAGAUAGAAUGCUCGAACUCAAGGGUACAGCUUUUCCGCAGGACUCGGAUUCAUUGGCGCUGCGAAAGCUAAGACUGGAGGAUAUGAAGUGGACUUUUGAAGAGUUUGUGAAGCCUCAUACCGAAAAGUUUGGCAAGGACCUUUUCCUAUGCAGCGUAUGUGACAACAACCAAAAGCUAUUUUCUUUUGAGGCUGUCAUCCAACAUUAUGCUGCAAAGCACACGCAUGCUUUCAGUCGUGGAAAUGCCGUGGUCUCCUGGAAAGCAGAAUGGCCACUUGAGCCUCCAUUUGAUCCAUCACCAAAUAUACCAUGGGUGCGAGAUGGAAGUCAACCUAUUGCACACAUGAGAAUGCAAGCACCCUACAAUUCACGGGCCUGGACAGCUCCCACUGAGCCUGUACCGGCCUCGACCAGCAGCCAUCAAAGUUAUGUGAAUGAGAUUGUUGGCCUAGUAAGAGAGUUAUGGCAUGUGACUGACGCCAUUCAUAAUCUGUCACAAGCAUUACGCGUGUGGGUGGUCAUCCAGCUUACUUGCACGACGUUUUCGCAAAGAUUCAACGAUGAUCUUAGCCUUCAUCUUUUUCUGAGUUGCAUACAAAACAGAUCAGAGCUUCAAUUUCUUUCAGGCCUAGGUGGUCUACAGUGCAACGCAUGCUCUACCCGCCCAGAGCCGUCACCGCGGACCUUCGACGGAUGGUUUCCGUCCGAUCGUUCUCUUGCGGAAUUGCUGACGCACUUUCAAAGGAUGCACAUUGACUUCGAUGCGUCCAGUCACACAGAAUAUGGGAUACUUUCAUCAGGCUCCAGAACAAGCACGAGUUCGACUCGGUUGGACUGGAAGAGAGAUAUGAUAUUGCUGCCAAGUUGGGCGGAAAUUCAAGCUUUCCUUCAUGCACCAACGACCGAUAGCCACAAGGUGCAACUAAUUGCGGAUGCAUUAAAUGCGCCUGCAUUUACGUUGCCAAAGCGGGCGGGACCAUCGUCACAGAUGUCUGUGUCCGAUAAUGUUCUGUCCCCAUACAUGCAACAAGAUGUUCACCCUCGUCCUACUUCGCGUCACAGUAGUGUCCGAGACUCUCGGCCUGGCUAUCGUGUUGCUCGGUCAGAAGUAUCUAUGCCGGCAUCAGAAGAGGAGUAUGACCCUCACCGACCAGCGCCUGCAUCUUCCAUGCCUCGAGCUACAUUUGGACAGUCCCAGAGGCUACCUUCCACGAGUCACGGGUCUCGUGUCGUUGGAUCCAUCUAUCAGCCACUGCAACUAUCCGAACACCGCGAGUAUCCUUUUAGGGUGCAUAGUGACGAAAACAGAUGGAGCCUUGCCGAGCACCGGCGUCUGGUCUCAGCGGAAUCCUCUGAUCCCCAAUUGUAUGAUCGAGGCUGGAGUCCCAACAGGGGUGGCUUGAUGAAUCGAUCGAAUCUUGCUGUAGAGCGACCUCGAUCCAUUGGAAGUCGACCUGAGAGCAAGGCGACAAGCCACCAUUCGCUACAACCACCAGGCGGAGCAGAGGUUCCAGCUACGAUUCCCACGAAUUCCACCCAACCCGUCGAGGUGGGACGGCCUCGAGAAGAUUCAGCGGCCAUGGACUUUCUUAAUAAUUUUGAUCCUACAGCAUUAAACAACGAUGGGAAUCCCGAAUUUGCAGCGAGUGAAUCUCGAAGAGGUAUAAGGGGGCCGACAGCACGCGAAACUCUGGACGCGAGAGAGGCUACUGCUCAAGAUGCUGGGUUUCCGUACAUUCGUCGAAAUGGCAGCGUUCGACAAGGCUUUGAUGACCAAAUUGUGAAACAACACCCCCCCUCGGUGCCGAUGCGAGAAGACGGAAGAUUUGAGAUCGGUGAGAUCGAUUACGAAAGUCGAAUGUACCAUCAAUCUUUGUUGAGUCCAGCAGAGGAACCUAGGCCACCCCGAGGCAUAGGGAUGGGUAGUGGGUAUGUGGACGACAUUUCGAGGGUUUCGUACCGAUCUCGAGAGGGUAUGUACAUGACACGAGUUCAGGAUCAAGGCCGAAAUUACCAAGAGUUUGGGUAUGAAUCGAGGGGUUAUUAUGAGGAAAAAUUUGCGCGGCCAGGACCUAGGUAUGAGGCCGUGGCCCAGCCGCCAAUGGAGCUGUAUCAUCACCAGUCAGAUCGACCUGAUGGCGAAUUUGUUGAGAUGCAUCGGGCACGGCAGCAAAUAGCGACGGAAGAGGAUGGAUAUGACAGGCACCGAGAAGGCCGUACAAGGUAUGUGCCAGCGCGUCCAAUAUAUUACGAUGAGGCGGAAGACAUCGAAUACGCACCUGUACGGGAAAGGACGGUUACUUAUGCCAACUACCACGAUGCACAGUACAAUCGCGAGGAUACGUUGGAAGCGGGCCAAGUGGUUCAUGCAGGGCAACGAGACAGUCGACUUGAUGAGUUUCGACCGGGUGACGAGAACAGACGUUAUAUGACACGGUAA